AUGACAAUUGAGGAAUCAGUGCAAAAAUAUCUUUCAAGAGCAACCAUAGUCGUUAAUCAACUGAGAUCUUAUGGAGAAAAAGAUUUUGAUCAAACUAUUGUUGAAAAAGUGUUGAGGAGUUUGACUCCAAGGAUUAAUCAUGUUGUUGCAACUAUUAUGGAGUCAAAAGACAUGGCAUCUUACUCCUUUGAUGAACCCAUGAAGUCCUUACAAUCUUAUGAGGCAAGAUUGAAUCGGGCAAAUGAGAAGAGUGACAAAAAGGCCUUUCAAGUGAUGGGGGAUUCUUUUGAGCAACAAAGGAAGUCAACAUAUAGAAGAUGUUAUCGUGGCACGAGGAAUUACCAUGGUAGAGGUAGUCGAGGCAGAGGAAGAGCUGUUGGAUAUGAUGAACAAAGGCAGAUGGCUAAGAAAUAG